AUGGGGAGGGAGGCUCUCUUCCCAUCUGGUACAUGGUGGGGAGCCACAGGGCGUGGCAGGGCUCUUGUGCUCAUCAGUGCGUGUGUCUUGCAGUUUCUGUGUGGCUUGCUGGCCACCAUCUUCCUGGACAUCGUGCACAUCAGCAUCUUCUACCCGCGGGGAAAUCUCACGGACACGGUCCGCUUUGGCGCGGGCAUGGCCAUCCUCAGCUUGCUGCUCAAGCCGCUGUCCUGCUGCUUUGUCUACCACAUGUACCGGGAGCGCGGGGGUGAGCUCCUGGUCCACACUGGUUUCCUUGGAUCUUCUCAGGACCGUAGUGCCUACCAGACGAUUGAUUCACCAGAGACACCCGCAGAUCCCUUUGCAGUUCCAGAGGGCAGGGGUCAAGAUGCCCGAGGGUACUGAAGCCAGCCAUGCUGCACCCGGCCCCACCCCAGGUUCUAGGGAUGUUCCUGACCUCCAUCUCUGGGACCUAAGAUGGAAUGUGUCUCCAGCUCACAGGUUACCUGAACCAAGUACCCUGAGAGGCCAGGAGCCCCCAUGGGCCACCCAGUGCCACCCACACUCCCGUCCCAAACUGCCGGAGGCCUCCCUCCCUUCAGGGCACCUGCUGGUUCCCGGGCUGGAAUGAAGAUCUUUCUUCACCUCCUACCCCAUCAUGGCACCACAGAGGCCCCCAGCCGAGUCCUGCCUGACUGUGGCAGGCUCAGGCCUUUAAGUCCUGGUGAUGCCUGUUUGUCGGGCUUCGGGGGAAGCCCUGAGAGCUUCAGGUCUGCUCAGCCCCAGGAGCAGUCUGGCAUGGGAGUGAAGUCCUGUGCGUCUCACUGCCUGGUCACGUGGUUCCUAGCUACCCAGGGCUGGAGGCCAGAGGCACCAGCAACACUGACACACCACAGCCUCCAGCCUCCCUUUCAGAGCCACAGCAUUAAAGUUUGGGGAGUUCUGUAGA